AUGUCGACUGCACUAUCCCCGUUACAAACCUUUCUGGCGUACGUGCAAGAAGCCACAGGGCUUGCUCCGUCAACAACAGUCCCGUUAUUAGUCCUCAUCGCGUCAAUCAUUUACGUCAUCUUCUCGUACGUUCAGCACCGCGCAGCGCCUGUUCCGCCGCCAGUGCCGGGCCCACCUGAGCCGAUUAAAAUAGGGGAAAUUACCCUCGAGGAGUUAAGCCAAUACAGCGGCAGCGACCCAGAGAAACCGAUCCUUCUGGCCAUCCGAGGGAAAAUCUACGAUGUGACUCGUGGAAAGCACUUUUAUGGCCCAGGAGGCCCCUAUGAGGUGUUUGCAGGGAAGGAGGCGAGCCGCGCGUUUGCCAAGAUGUCAACCGAUCCCAAGGAUGCGGUGGGGGACCUCACAGGGCUAACCUAUUCUGAAAUGGAGACCCUGAGGGACUGGGAGUCGUCUCUGCAGUUUAAGUAUGACGUGGUGGGGUCGGUGCAGGCGAGUGAGGGGGGUGAGGGGGGAGAAGGCACAGCAGAGGGAGCAGGGGGGGCAGGAGAAGGAAUGGAAACUGAUACAGGUGCAGUAGCGGCAGAGGGGGAGGGAGGGGAUGGGGCGGAGGUAGGGGAGAAAGGAGCUGGUGGUGAUUAG